AUGAAUCUUUUGCGAAGGAUUCAGACUACGUUUAGCCGUAACCCAGUCUCUUACGUAAAAUACUUGUUACCGAAUUUCACAAAUUUGCGGAACACCGUGAAAAUGCCGUUUUUGGACGCAUUUAUCAAAGAAGUGAUGAGAGUUAACUGUUCGGUCACGCGAAUUGAGAGACACUACGAUUGACACUCAUUAAGAGGGCAUUCAUUUACCUAAAGGCACACCUAUUUUAAUACCCAUUUGGGCAUUUCAUUUAGAC